AUGCACAGUCUUGAGAAGGAGCUCACCUGUCCUGUCUGCCAUGAAAUGUUUGAAGACCCUGUUGUCCUGUCAUGCAGCCACAGCUUCUGUAAAGACUGCCUGAAGAGCUGGUGGAGAGAAAAACAGAUAUGCGAGUGUCCGAUCUGUAAGGAAAUCGCUCUAUUUAGUGAUCCACCACGCAACUUGGCUUUGAAGAACCUAUGCGAGACCUUCUUACAGGAGAGAGAUCGGGAAGCUCCUGCAGAGUCUGACGCUCUCUGCGGUCUGCACAAUGAGAAGUUCAAACUCUACUGUGUGAACCAUCAGCUGCCCAUGUGCCUCGUCUGUCAGCAUUCAGAUUCACACGCUGGGCACAAAAUGAGAACUAUGAGAGAGGUCGCACAGGAGCACAAAGUGGAACUCCGGAAAACCCUGAAACCUGUAAGAGAGAAACUGAAAGUUUUUGAACGAGUCAUAGCGAACUGUGACCAAACAGCAGAAUACAUUAAGGAACAGGCUUUAAUCACAGAGCGGCGGAUCAAGGAGCAGUUUAAGAAGUUUCACCAGUUUCUACAAGAGGAAGAGGUGGUCAGGAUCUCUGCUCUGAGGGAGGAAGAGAAAAAGAAGAGUGAGGUGAUGAGGGAGAAGAUUGCGGCUCUGAACAGAGAGAUAGCAGCUCUGUCAGGCACAAUCAGAGCCACAGAGGACGAGCUGAGAGCUGAUGAUGUUUUGUUCAUGAAGAACUACAAGGCUGCAGUGAACAGAGUCCAGCAGCGCCCCCUUCCAGAUGAUCCAAACCUGGUCUCAGGAGCUCUGAUAUUCGAGGCCAAACACCUGGGAAACCUGGCUUUCAGAGUCCACACCAAGAUGAGGAAGAUUGUUUCCGUCUCUUCUGUGAUUCUGGAUCCCAACUCUGCUCAUCCAGAACUCGUCUUGUCUGAAGAUCUGCGCACUGUUCAAUGCAGAGAGAGACAGAAGCUUCCCAACAACCCAGAGAGGUUUUAUUCCUGCCUGUCUGUCCUGGGCUCUGAGGGCUUCAACUCAGGGACUCACAGCUGGCUUGUUGAGGUUGGAAACAGUCCAGUGUGGAUUCUGGGUGUAGCAGCAGAAUCAGUCAGAAGAAAAGGAGACGUAUUCUCAAAGUCUGGGUUCUGGAGAAUCCUGUUUUAUAAAGAUGAAUACACAGCAUGGUCACCAACAGGACCAGAGACGGGAACAGAAGCUCUCCUCUCAGCGAAGAAACUUUGUAAGAUCAAGGUGAAACUGGACUGUGACAGAGGAAAUGGUUCAGUGGAUUUGUUUGACGUGAAGAACGGACGAAGGAACUUUAAGAGCGUCAAGCUAAGGCUUCAUUACACUCCCUCAACAACCGCCCGAUGCCCAGCCUCCACCAUCAUCCCGACAACCACCGGCGUCAUCAUUCAUGGACGGCCUGCUCCAACCUCCACCUCAGCGGUGAGCAAGUGUGGAUAA